AUGAGACUACUGUACUUAGCUGCCUGUGCACCCACAUCGGACUCCAGCCCGGCUUUUCCACGCACAGGAGCAGAUAAGUCUCGCUCGUGCUGGAGCAAGGCGGCGCAAGCUCCAGUCGUGUCCCGCAGCUUCGCAACAAGUGGACCCUCCUGCUUACAUGUGAUAGGCAUCACAUCAACUGCCGGCCAGGAGCCAGACCGCAGCCACGGAUGUGCCCAUGGCAGCUGUUACCCGGCAACCGGGGACCUACUGGUCGGGCGAGAGAAAAAUCUGAAGGCCUCGUCCACAUGCGGUAUGAGGAGGAAAGAGCCGUAUUGCAUUGUCAGUCACCUGCAGGAUGAUAAGAAAUGCUUCGACUGUGACUCCAGGAGACCUUACGACCCCGUAUACAACACCAUCAAUCACCGCAUAGAAAACGUGAUCACAACCUUCAAGCCUCACCGCAAGAAGUCAUGGUGGCAGUCAGAGAACGGAAAGUCAAAUGUGUAUCUCCAACUCGACUUGGAGGCAGAGUUUCAUUUCACUCACCUCAUUAUGACCUUCAAGACGUUUCGUCCGGCCGCCAUGUUGAUUGAGCGUUCGGCUGAUUUUGGUCGCACAUGGCAGAUAUACCGUUACUUUUCCCAUGACUGUGCUGCCAACUUCCCCGGUGUAUCUCAGGGUCCUCUGUACAGCAUCAACGACGUCAUCUGCGAAUCGCGUUAUUCUGAUAUCGAGCCAUCCACAGAGGGAGAGGUCAUCUAUAGAGUGCUGGAUCCAGCCAUCAGGAUUGAGGAUCCAUACAGCCCAAACAUCCAGAACCAGCUGAAAAUCACCAACUUAAGGGUGAACUUCACUAAACUUCACACACUUGGAGACAACCUAUUGGAUCCUAGACCUGAAAUCAAAGAAAAGUAUUACUACGCCAUAUAUGAGCUAGUUGUGCGUGGGAACUGCUUUUGUUAUGGCCACGCCUCCGAAUGCGCCCCAAUCGACGGCAUCAGGGAUGAUAUCGAAGGAAUGGUUCACGGCAAGUGUGUGUGUAACCACAACACCAAAGGUUUGAACUGUGAGCGCUGUGAGGACUUCUACAACGACAUGCCGUGGAGACCUGCGGAGGGCACCAACACCAACGCAUGCAAAAAGUGCAAUUGCAAUAGCCACUCUUCAGUGUGCCAUUUUGAUAUGGCGGUGUAUUUGGCCACGGGCAAUAUCAGUGGAGGAGUGUGCGAUGACUGUCAGCACAACACCAUGGGCCGAAACUGUGAAGUUUGCAAGCCUUUUUACUACAAAGAACCCUUCAAAGACAUCCGUGACCCUCGGGUGUGUGUAGCAUGCGAUUGCGACCCGGAAGGGUCUGAGAAUGGAGGGAUGUGCGACAGCCACACGGAGCCAAGGCUGGGCAUGGUGGCCGGUCAGUGUCGCUGCAAGGCCAACGUAGAAGGCCAACGCUGUGACAAGUGUAGGACCGGCUACUUUGGCCUAAGUGCCGACAACCCUCAGGGUUGCCAGCCUUGCCGGUGCGACCACAGGGGAACGGUGGUAGGCAGCACCCACUGCGACCCAGUCAGUGGAGACUGCUUCUGCAAGCGUCUCGUCACCGGACGAAGCUGUGACCAGUGUCUGCCAGAACACUGGGGCCUGAGUCUCGACCUGAAUGGCUGCCGAGGGUGUGAAUGUGACAUCGGAGCUGCUCUGGAUAACCACUGCUCCAUGGAUAGUGGUCAGUGUCACUGCCGCAGCCACAUUACAGGACGCCAGUGUUCACAGGUGGAGUCUGGAUACUUUUUCAUGGCUCUGGAUCACUUCUUGUAUGAAGCCGAGUUGGCCAAAAUGGGUCAGGGCUGUACACUGGAGACCAGGGAACACCAACAAGAUCACCCGGCAACAUGGACGGGUAUUGGGUUUGCCCGAGUACCUGAGGGUGGCACUCUUGAGUUCAUCAUCAACAACAUCCCUUAUUCAAUGGAGUAUGACCUGCUCAUCCGCUAUGAGUCCCAAAUGCCUCGCGACUGGGAAGAGGUACGAAUCACAGUGAUCCGUCCAGGCCCGAUUCCAACCAGUAGCCCGUGUGGAAACACAAUCCCAGAUGAUGACAAGCUUGUUGUCGCACUGCCGGCUGGUGCCAGGUUCACGCUCCCUCCUCAGCCUGUAUGUUUAGAGAAAGGUGUGACAUACACUAUCCGCUUUGAGUUCAGACGCUAUCAAGAUGCCAACGCCGUUCUUAAUGGAGCAGCCAACGCAUUCCUUCUUGUGGAUUCGAUUGCCUUGAUGCCUCGUCACUCUUCCAUGGAGAUCUUUAACGCCGGUGACCUGGCCUCUAUCAAUAGGAAACAGACCUACGAGCGGUACCGCUGCCACGAGGGGGCGAAGAGUUUGACCCGCCCAUCCAUGAGUGACACCUGUUCCAAGCUGAUUGCAAGCAUGUCUGCUGUAAUUAACGACGGGGCUUUGCCUUGUAACUGCGACCCGCAGGGGUCUAUCAGCUCCGUGUGCAAUGUCCACGGGGGUCAGUGCCGCUGCAGGCCCAAUGUGAUUGGUCGACGGUGUGAACAGUGUGCUCCUGGAACUUAUGGCUUUGGACCCUCGGGCUGCAUUGCAUGUGGAUGCAGUGUGGAGGGCUCGGUCACUCGGCUGUGUGACAAGUACACGGGGCUCUGUCAGUGUCGUCCUGGGGCGUUUGGCCAGCAGUGCGACAGGUGCCAGGCUGGUCACUGGGGCUUCCCCAACUGCCGCCCUUGCCAGUGCAACGGACACGCUGACGAGUGUGACCAGAGGACUGGUGCGUGUAUUAACUGCAGGGACAGCACCGGAGGAGACAAGUGCGACAGGUGUGCCAAUGGUUACUAUGGGAACCCAAUUCUGGCAACAGCAUCUGGCAGCUGGUGUCGUCCAUGCCCUUGUCCAGAUGGCCCCACAAGUGGACGCCAUUUUGCAGCAUCUUGUUACCAAGACAACCGUAACCGGCAAAUUGUCUGCAACUGUAACCAGGGAUACACAGGGAUUGUUAAACGCUCCAGGCUGACCAUUUGUAAGCGUACCCGAUGUGAGGAAUGUGCCCCGGGUUACUACGGCAACCCCUCACAGCCAGGCGGGCGCUGCCAGCCGUGUCAGUGCAACAACAACAUAGACAUGUCUGACAAUGAAGCAUGCGACCGGCGGAUCGGGGUGUGCAAGAAAUGUCUUUACAACACAGAAGGACCCGACUGUGGCAUCUGCAGAAGCGGCUACUUUGGAGAUGCUUCAAGACGUAACUGCAGGAAGUGUGUAUGUAAUUUCCUGGGUACGGAGCGUAGCCAGUGUAUUGAUCGGGAGGACUGCGUAUGCCAGCGGAAUACAGGACAGUGCCAAUGUUUAUCAAAUGUAAUCGGUCUGACGUGUGACCACUGCUCCCCUGGACACUGGAACCUGGCCAGUGGCAAAGGCUGUGAACCCUGCGAUUGUGACCCCCACAACUCAGUCACCUCAUCAUGUAACGAGUUUUCUGGACAGUGCCAGUGCCGUGAUGGAUUCGGUGGACAGAACUGCAGAGACUGUCAAGAGAACUACUGGGGAGACCCCCGGACGCAGUGCAGAGCUUGUGACUGUGACUGGCGAGGCAUUGAGACGUCUCAGUGCAACCGCGUCACAGGUCACUGUGUAUGCCAACAGGGCGUGUCAGGUGUCCGCUGUGACCAGUGUGCCCGAGGAUUCUCUGGUCUCUUCCCCAACUGCCAACCCUGCCAUCAGUGCUUUGGAGACUGGGACCGUAUUGUCCAGGACUUGGCGGUGCGCACCAGAGCUUUGGCAGAGCGUGCCCAUGAGAUUCAGACCACUGGCCUCACCGGAGUUUAUGAGAAGGCUUUCAGGGAUCUGGAAGGGAAACUGGACCAAGCUCAGAGCAUAGUCAACUCACGCAACGCCACUGCUGCUGCCAUUACCACAUUGAUGGACCUUAUUAAGCAGCUUAGAUCUCAGAUUGGUGAGACCACUGACACACUGAACCAUCUGGAAGGAGAUCUGACUGUUGUCCAGGACAGCAACUCUGAAGCAAGCAAGGAGCUAAGUGCUUUAGAGCGAGAGGCCAGGGAGCUGAACCUUACUUCAGAGCAACUCCAUCAGCAGCUCGAUAUCCUGAAAAACUCCAAUUUCCUAGGCGCAUACGACAGCAUUCGUACCUCCUACAACAAGUCUUGGGAUGCUGAGCGCCGUGCAAAUGAAUCAACAGUGAACAAACCCAGCACAGUCAGCCAGUCAGCGGACACCCGCCGUCGCACUGAACGCCUCAUCUCCGCAAAGAAAGAAGACUUUAACCGCAAAAAUGCUGCCAACAAGCGCUCGUUGGCAGAACUCAAGACCAAAGUCCAGGAUCUGGAUAUGCAAAAGAUCAAUGAGAAGGUUUGUGGUGCAUCAGGCGAGGCUCCCUGUGCGGAAAGUCCUUGUGGAGGCGCGGGUUGCCGUGACGAUGAGGGUAACCGUCAUUGUGGAGGUCUGAACUGUGACGGUGCUGUAGCAGCAGCUGAUAAUGCUUUGGAAAGGGCCAAGCAUGCCGAGAAACAGCUCAACAAAGCCAUGGGAGAAGUGGAGGGACUCGUCACCAAGGUGGCGGAGGCUAAGAACAAGGCGGAGGAGGCCAAGGGUAAAGCCCAAGCAGCUCUCGACAAAGCCAAAGCCACCAAGACCAAAGUAGAGCGUUCCAACAAUGACCUGCGAGAUCUAAUUAAACAUAUCAGAGACUUCCUCAUGCAGGAAGGGGCAGACCCUGACCACAUCGAGACCGUUGCCAACCGUGUGCUUGAACUGUCCAUCCCCGCUUCUCCUCUCCAAAUCAGACACCUCGCAGAUGAAAUUAAGGAACGCGUUCGCAGCCUGUCCAACGUAGACGCCAUCCUGGCUCAAACGCAAGACGAUGUCCGUAAAGCAGAAAAACUACUGCUAGAUGCUAAGAGAGCAAGGCAUCAUGCUGAAGGUGUGAAGACCACCACAGAGACAGUGAAGCAGGCCUUGGUGGAUGCUAAGACAGCUCAGACAUCUGCAGAAAAGGCCAUCGCCAGAGCCAGAGCUGACAUAGAUGACACAGAGAACCGCCUGGCACAGAUCGAGUCAGAGACAUCGAAUGGUGAAAGGCAACUCAGUGAGGCUAUGGACCGGCUCGGCACGCUGGGACGACAAAUUAAUGCGCUGAAGACCAAACGUGCUAACAACAGUAUGGCAGCAGCCCGGGCUGAAGAGACGGCUACAAUGGCACGAGACAAAGCAAAUGAAGCCAAACAGAUUCUAGACGGACAGCUGACCGAUAAGUACCAUGAGGUGAAGCUGCGUGUUGGCACCAAGGCCAAAGCUGUACAAGAUGCCAAAACGAAGGCAGAGAGCCUCAGGGAUGAAGCGAAACAACUAUUACAAGAUGCCCAGAACAAGUUGCAGAGACUAGCAGAACUGGAGAAAAAUUACGAGGAGAACGAGAGAAAGUUGGAAGGAAAAGCUCGUCAACUGGAUGGUUUGGAAGACAAGAUGAGAUCCAUCCUCAAUGACAUCAACAAACAGAUACAAAUAUAUAACACGUGUCAGUAG